AUGGCCUCCCCAAAGAUCAUUCUCUACACCAACCACCGUUGCCCCUGGGCUCACCGUGCCCAUAUCGCUCUCAAGGAGCUGGGCCUGCAGUAUGAGGAGGUCAUCAUUGACUUGGACGUACCCCGCGAGCCGUGGUAUCUUGAGGUCAACCCGCGUGGCCUUGUUCCCAGCCUCUCGUACAACGGCAAGAUCAUCACCGAGUCCGGCAUCGUCGCGCAAUUCCUUGCCGACGCACACCCGUCUCAGCUCCUGCCUGCGUCCGGCCCGGCAGAUAACGCGCUGUACCGUGCCCGCCUGGCUUUCUUCGUCGAUGCAUUCUUCAGCAAGGUUGUCCCGCACCUCACUGCCAAUAUCAGGUCCGCCUCGGAGGCAGACCGCGAUGCUGCGACGGAGCAAUUGGUUGCCGGCGUCGUGAAGGAAAUUGAACCGCUCCUUGCUGAUACUGAGGGCAAGGGUCCUUUCUUCGGGGGCAGUGACAAGCUCACUUUGGCCGAGGUUCUCUCUGGCUCUUUCCUGCUUCGCAUCCUUGGCUUCAGUAAGCCUGAGCACGGUCUCGUCAGUACCAAGCUGCCUGCGCUGCUGGAGCAGCAGGCUCCACGAUUCAAGCGCUGGGCUGAGGCUACUACUGCGCAUGAGAGCGUUAACUUUAUCUGGAACGAGAAGGAUGUUGCGGAUCGGACGCGGGCUAGAUUUGCUCCUAAGUAA